AUGCAGGUCAACAUUGGGAAUUGGGUGACCCUAAUGGCCUUAUUGUGGAUAGGGUUUAGUGUGAGUGUGUUGGAAGGUGUGGCCAAUCCAUUGAAGGGACAUGGGAAGGGUAAGCAUGGAAAGGGAAAAAGAUGGGCUGUUCUUGUUGCUGGUUCAAUGGGUUACCAGAAUUACAGGCACCAAGCUGAUGUCUGCCAUGCCUACCAAGUGUUGAAGAAAGGAGGGCUUAAAGAUGAAAACAUAAUUGUUUUCAUGUAUGAUGACAUUGCCAACCACACACAAAACCCAAGGCGUGGCAUUAUAAUCAAUAAACCAAAUGGCCCUGACGUUUACAAAGGAGUUCCCAAGGAUUACACUGGAGAUGCUGCAAAUAAAAACAACUUUUUUGCUGUGAUUAGUGGCAACCGAAGUGCUCUCUCCGGAGGCAGUGGGAAGGUUGUGAAUAGUGGUCCAAGGGACACCAUUUUCAUUUAUUAUGCGGACCAUGGCAGCACUGGUUUUAUCGGCAUGCCAGUGGGGAUGUAUGUUAUGGCCCACGAGUUCGUGAAAGUGUUAAAAGCCAAACAUGCCGCUAAAUCCUACAAGAAAAUGGUGAUAUACAUGGAAGCAUGCGAAGCUGGGAGCAUGUUUGAUGGGAUUCUUCCGAAUAACUUGAACAUAUUUGUGACCACAGCUUCCAACCCGAAAGAAAGUAGUUUUGCAUUUUACUGUCCUGAUUCGUAUCCUCCUGCACCCCCUCACUACACUACUUGUUUAGGAGAUGCAUACAGCAUUGCAUGGUUAGAAGACAGUUCUCAUGUGAUGCAAUAUGGAGAUAUGAAGUUCAACAACGAUUUUCUUGCUACCUACAUUGGUGCACCUCCCUAUACCAGUCAUAAUGAAAAUGCAUAUUCCUUUGAACCAUCUACUCAAACUAGACGUAUAAGCCAACGAGAUGCUCAUUUACUCCAUCUUAAGCUUGAGUUGCAAGAGGCCCCGGAUGGUUCUGAUGAGAAGAUGAAAGCUCAGAAAAAGUUAGAUGGUGAAAUUUCUCACAGGGAGAGUGUAGAUAAAGGGUUCCAUCUCAUAGGUGAUCUCUUGUUUGGAGAAGAGAAUAGCUCAACCAUGAUGCUCCAUGUUCGUCCACCAGGGCAACCUCUUGUUGAUGACUGGGAUUGUUUUAAGACCCUUAUAAAUACUUAUGAGAGCGUUUGCGGUACUUUAUCAAGCUAUGGAAGGAAAUACACAAGAGCCUUUGCUAAUAUGUGCAAUGCUGGCAUCUCGGUGGAGCAAUUGAAAGCAGCGUCAUUGCAAUGGGCUGGAGUUGCCAUUUGGGUAAUGAAUGUUGAUGUUGGGUUAGGAGUUAAUGAGAUUGUGGGGUUAGGAGUAGAGAUAUUAGAUGGAAUUGGGUCAUGGGCCCUGUCAAAGGAGUUUAAGGAGGUCGCGUGUGGGUGGGACUGCAUGCAUGCAUAUGCGGACGCCGUAUCAUCCUGA